CUUCCCCCACCAACUAACCCCCGCACAAGCUCAACGCCCUCCGUGCCUGUCCCGACACGACACCAUCCCCCAGCAGCAAAGCCUCCCGAAGCUCCCCCCAAUCAUCCACCGGCGAUGUCGGACUGCCUGCCGUCGCUGACCACCAUCAACUCCCUCUCCACCGACCUCAUCGACCUCAUCCUCUCCCUCCUCCCCGUCCCCUCCCUCCUCCGCGCCUCCUCCGUCUGCAAGCUCUGGCGCUCCAUCAUCACCUCCUCUUCAACCAAUUCUAGCGCCGCCGGCCCUUCUUCUUCUUCUUCUUCUUCCCCCUGGUUCUUCCUCUACGGCAUCCACAACACCUCCUCCCGCAACAACCAGUCCUUCGCCUUCGACCCCCUCUCCGACGCCUGGUUCCGCCUCCCCACCCACACCCACCGCGCCUUCACCGCCUCCUCCGGCUUCCUCUUCACCACCACCCCGGCCUUCUCCUUCACCCGCGUCUUCCGCGACUCCUGGCGCUCCACCUCCCCGCUCCACUUCUCCCGCCUCAACCCCCUCCUCGCCGUCUUCCCCGACGACCGCGGCCCCGGCCCCGGCCCCGGCCUGCGGUUCGUCGUCGUCGGGGGCGACGGCUUCGUCGGCAACCUCGUCGACAUCGAGGACCGGCUGGCGGUCGAGAUUUACGACCGGUCCGACCGCUGGGACCUCUGCCCUCCCUUGCCCGCCGACUUCCGCCCCGGGAACUCGUCGCAGUCCCUGUCGUCGGCGCUCUUCCGCGGUAGGUUUUAUGUGUUCGGGAUCUAUUCUAGCUUCGUGUCGUGCUUCGACCUGCGCGAUCGGAUCUGGAGCGACGUGCAGACUCUGAGACCGCCCGGGGUCCUGUUUUCUUUCUUGAUCGCGUGUCGGCAACGGCUGGUCCUGGCGGGCAUGUGCGUCGGGCCGAGCGGGCCGUCGUUUAACUUGUGGCAGAUCGAUGAGACGAGCAUGGAAUUCAGGGAAAUCGCGAUCAUGCCCUCCAAUUUGCUCAAUGGGCUGGUCGAUAGCGAGGAGGAAGAUAAAUUCGCGAGCUUGAAAUGCGUUGGAUCGGGUGAUAUGAUUUAUGUGUUUAAUGAGGAGUAUCAUAAGAAGUACCCUGCUUGUGUCUGUGAGAUUGGUAGUGAUUAUGGCAGGUGCAGCUGGAGGAGGCUACCGGAUUUGCCAUCUCCCGUGAAUAAGUUCCACAAGGUCUUCAGCUUUUGUUCCGCCGUUUCAAUUCAUACUGUUCUUCACGGCGAAGCCGAUGAAGCUACCUGACUGACUCGUCCUCCUGGGUGUGAAUUGUGCCGGGGCUAUCUAUGCCUUGUGCCUAAUGGCAGGUGUAUAAGCAUAUGUGCCAUUAUAUAUCAUUGUAAGCUGAUAUGUUUAUAAUCGUUUUGUUGCACAUUGUAAGGAUGUCAUAGUUUGAAUCUGUUACACCAGAAAUUCUUUGUUCAUGUUUACCUUAUGUACUAAAAUGUAUUUGAUCUUUCUGAUAGAAUUAAGGAAGAAUAAUGACUGUGCAACCUUUCUUUGCGAGUAAACUUUGCUUGUUUCA